UGAGGUGCAACAACUGGUUUAAAGGAAAGAAGAAAGCACCAUUGAGAACAAACUCCAAGUCUCCAUUUAAGUUUAGAUAUGGAAAAAACAAGAACGCAGAUGAUGGGAGAUAAGCCGAAAAUUCAUCCAGCAGUAGAUGUUGAAGCACCACCACCAACAGCACCGUUGAUGUCUCGAGGCUUGGCAACAUCCGAAAAGGGUAGUUCGAGUCAGAGUCAGCAGCAACCUCCACUGCCAUUACGCACCAUGCCAGCAGCUGUGCAGUCUAGUAAACCACAAAAAACAAGAAGCUGUUGUUGCAAGUGCGUAUGUUGGACCGUAGGUCUACUUGUCCUCCUAUUAGUUAUUGUCGGAGCCACUGCCGGCAUUCUUUACCUGGUCUUCAAACCAAAAAUUCCCAACUACUCCGUUGAUAGUUUGAGAAUAAGUGACCUGAGGCUCAACUUUGAUAUGUCCCUAUAUGCUAAAUUUGAUGUGAAGAUCACAGCCAAUAACCCCAACAAGAAAAUUGGAAUUUACUACGAGAAUGGUGGGCUCUUGAGUGUAUGGUACACAAACACUAAGCUCUGUGCAGGUUCAAUACCAAAAUUCUACCAAGGUCACCAGAAUAUAACAAAACUGGAUGUGAGCUUAACGGGGCAAACACAGUACGGAAGCACUUUAUUGAGGGCAUUGCAAGAGCAACAACAAACAGGACGUAUUCCAUUAGAUCUUAAAGUUGAUGCACCAGUUUCUAUCAAACUUGGUAGGUUGAAGCUGAGGAAGGUGACGAUCUUGGGGGAUUGUUUGUUGGUGGUAGAUAGCUUAUCUACCAACAAUCUAAUCAGCAUCAAAGCUAGCAAUUGCAGGUUUAAAUUAAAGCUUUGAGUUCCAUGCCACGUAUUGCAUUAGGCCUGUUUUUUUCUUUUCAUUUCUCCCCAUUUAGCUCUCACUCAUAUCCCAGAUGCUAUUGGUUUU